UCCGGGCAGGCGGGCAUAUCCUAAAUCCGACCGAAUAAAACGAGACAGUUUCAAAUUUUCAUUGUUCAAUGUUCCCGACCUCGCGACCUACGUGUCCAUUGCGGCUUCGAGAUUUCCGAGGACAAGAGCCUUUAUUCCAGAAAUAGUUGGGAACGUGAGAGGUCCGAUUGGUGGAUCGAACACCGAGAAGAAUUCUAAGUCUUGAUGGAAAUCAUAGCCCCGUUUGGAGUUGCCGGAAUAGCACUAUGAAGACGGGGACUUGAGAUGAUUGAGUUUCCCCAUCUUAGCAGAAGUUUUCCCAAUAGUGGGAAUCUCUGUAGAAGUUCUGAUUCAGUGGUUUUCCGGAGGAAAUAUUCUGGUUGAUGACACGUACCAUUUGGGGGUUAGGACGCGCCAUGUGGCAAAGAACAUGUGCCGGGAGCCAAGUGGAAUUGCCAUGACCAUAAUAUCUGAAGAUUAAAGCUGGUUAAUUGGAAGGGCCUAAGCUACAUGUAAGAAGGUGUUUCCAGGGGUGAGGGGUGAAGUGCUGUAUGAGCAUCCAGCAUUGGGCAGUUGGCGGAAGCUCGCAGAAUCACAAGAUGCAGGCAUUAGUUCCAGGUCAUGGUUGGGUCUUGUAUUAAGUGAUUCCAUAUUAACCAGCUGUUCCUGGGCUCCCUUUCAUUGGGAAUCUGCAUCAGCUCAAGGACAAGAAGCCCCACCGGACGUUCGCGAAAUGGGCCGAAAUUUAUGGGCCUAUCUACUCCAUCAGAACGGGAGCUUCUACGGUGGUGGUCCUCAAUUCGGCUGAAGUGGCCAAGGAGGUAAGCCGCACCUCCCGGUCUAUUUUCCGUUUAUGAUCCUGGAGAUUUCUCUGCUGUUGUGGUUGGUUUCAGUAUACAGAUUUGGUUUCAUAAGAGAAUAUAGUUUUCAGAAAAAUCAAAUAUGUUGGACGCCAUCUGGUAGACAUCUGUUAAAUGGCAAUGGUAACUAGAUUCAACUCUAUCUCGUCUCGAAAGCUUUCAAAUGCACUGACAUUGCUCACUUCCAACAAAUCUAUGGUUGCCACAAGUGAUUAUGGCGAGUUCCAUAAAAUGGUGAAGCGCUACAUCCUCACAAGUGUUUUGGGAUCAAAUGCUCAGAAGCGAUAUCGUGGCCUCAGGGACACCAUGAUCAAAAACAUCGUAAACGUUCUGCAUUCAGAGAUAAAGAACAAUCCUCAAAAUGCAGUAAACCUCAGGGAGCCAUUCAAGGCUGAGCUUUUCCGAUUAUCCUUGACAGAAGCUCUGGGCAAGGAUGUAGAAUCUGUUUAUGUGGAGGAGCUUGGGCAGGAGAUGUCAAAGAAAGAAAUUUUCAAUGUCCUGGUCAUGGAUCCAAUGAUGGGUGCACUAGAGGUAGACUGGAGGGAUUUCUUCCCAUAUCUGAGAUGGGUUCCUAAUAGGAGCAUGGAAAUGAAAGUUCAAAGAAUAGUGGCUCGUAAGACAGCAGUGACAAGGGCCCUGAUCAAUGAACAGAAGAAACGCAUUGCACUUGGAGAGGAAAUAAACUGCUAUCUGGACUUUCUACUGUCCGAAAACACACUGACAGAGGAGCAAUUGACCACAUUGAUUUGGGAAGCAAUAAUUGAGGCCUCUGACACAACUUUGGUCACAACAGAAUGGGCUAUGUAUGAACUUGCUAGGCAUCCAAAGUGUCAGGAUCGCCUUUAUCAUGAAAUCCGAGAAGUAUGUGGGUCUGAAAUGGUUAUGGAGGAGCACUUGCCACAGCUACCAUACCUGAAUGCUGUUUUCCAUGAAACUCUAAGGAAGUAUUCUCCUGCUCCUAUUGUUCCCCUUAGAUAUGCCCAUGAAGACACCCAACUAGGAGGCUAUGACAUUCCAGCUGGGACACCGAUUGCAAUCAAUCUUUAUGCAUGUAAUAUGAACCAAAAGGACUGGGAUGAUCCUGAAGAAUGGAAGCCUGAGAGAUUUCUAUCUAGCAAUUUCGAACCAAUGGAUCUUUACAAGACAAUGGCAUUUGGAGCAGGAAAAAGAGUAUGUGCUGGAUCUUUGCAGGCAAUGCUAAUUUCUUGUACAGCCAUUGGUAGAUUCGUUCAGGAGUUUGAGUGGAGACUGAAGGAAGGAGAAGAAGAUGAUAUAGAUACUGUUCAGCUCACAACCCACAAACUUCAGCCUCUGCAUGCAUACAUUACCACGAGAGCAAUGGAUCAUUCAGGAUUGCAGUCAUCCUAAAUUCCUUUUCCCUUUAAAUUAUGCUUUUCUCACUAGCUGUGCUAGUAUUUUAAUUCCAUAAAGCAUAUGAAAUAAAUACCCGUGUUCCUGGUCUGGACUUUCAUAUGGUAUUAGGAUAUAAUUCUGCAUAUACUGCAGUUGUCGGGCUCAGGCUAUUUAGCAACUCUGCUGGCUGGCGUCCUUGGUGCGAUGUUUUUAUUCGUCAAUCAGCGAUGAAAUGCUGAUUUUAAUACAGCUAUGUUGGUAUAUUUUCCUUGUAUCUUUUUAAUUGCGGGUAUGGGUUAAUACAGUACCGAACAUUUCUGCUGGA